UCUGAAGUUCUUCUUCCGGCCCUAUUGUGUUUUAACAUGACGUCAUGACGCUGCUCGUAGCGGGACAGUUGUCGACGCAGAGAGAGGGAGAGGCGGACCGUGCAGUCUGUGCCGGAGCUGAUGUGAACCAUAGAUGUGAACGACGGGACCUCAGGACACAAUGUUGACAGCAGAGUAGUUGGAAACGAUUUCUUUGUUCGGUUUAAACACAACAGACGCCGUGAACUCAUGAAUGGAGUUACUUUCUGCCUUGUUGGAAUCCCACCUCACUCAGACACUGAAGCUAAAGGGCGGAGAGAUGGCAUGGUGGCAUCCAAUGAAAUCAGACGCCGGCCGCUGUCGUCGGGUGAGGUGGAGGGCGUGUCGUGGCAGGGCCCACGGACCAUUUUCGUCCAGAAGAACUUGCAGGGAUUUGGCUUCACUCUGCGUCACUUCAUCGUCUACCCACCAGAGUCCUCGCUCCACAGCCUCAAGGAUGAAGAGAACGGAAAUGCCACUGGAAAAGGCUGUCAGCAGUCUCGUUUGGAGCCGAUGGACACCAUCUUUGUCAAGAGCGUCAAAGACAGUGGCCCUGCCCAGGAAGCUGGACUGCGGACAGGUGACAGGUUGGUGAAGGUAAAUGGGGAGAGCAUUCUGGGGAAAACCUACUCUCAAGUGAUCGCUCUCAUCCAGAACAGUGGAAACAUCCUGGAGCUCUCUAUAAUGCCAAAAGACGAGGAUGUGUUGCAGUUGGUAAGUGCAUAUUCCCAGGACGCCUACCUGAAAGGCAACGAGCCGUACUCAGGUGUGGCUCAUCACCUCCCUGAGCCCCCACCUCUCUGUUACCCCCCCACAAAGACCACAGCUCCCCCGCCCGGCGACGGCCUCCACACUCCCCUGGACAACUGGCAGUGCCGACCCGGCCCCCCCACGUCCCCUUUGGACAACCGCCCCCCUGCUGCUUCUCCCCCCACCUCCGGCUGGUCCGGAGGUCCUGAGGAUUCCAGUGCUCAGUUUGCUCCUUGGGGGCGCCACCGCGGCCGCUCCUCCUCCGCCAUCAGUGCGCUGGACUUUCACUUCGCUAACCACAACGCUGCCAUCGCCUCUGCAACUCUGCCUGCACCACGGAAGAGCGGCAUGCAGGCCUCUUCCCGCUCACGGGCCGAUGCUCUCUGUCAUCAGGCUCUGUCGGACUGGUACUACAGCCAGGCUGAGGCUGCAGAGUCCAUGUCCCCCCGCCACCGCAGUAUAUCUCAGGACCGUUUGGCAGAGCUGGGACUGGGUUUGGCUCUUGGCCCCGGACCUGCACCUGCUCCCACAACCUCUGCAGAGCAACGCAGAAGAGAAACCCUCAUGCACCACCACCAGGCAGCUGCUGCUUCCCAUGAUUCCUAUUGGUUAGGGGGUUGGGGUGGAGUAUCAGGCCCAGGAAGCAGGUCGUGCUCAGAGAACCUGCUGGCAGCCUACGCUGAGUACGAGCACAACUAUGGGCGCUCUGUGGAAACACUGGCACAGGCAUCUGCGCUGGUCUCACAGCGCUUGGAACCCCCCUCACAGGGGACUCAAACCGCAAAGUUCAUCGAGCAGAAAGACCAGAGGGUGUCAGCAGGGCUUCAGCACCAAACCACAGUGACGAGCCCGGUCAUAGCCGUCUCCACAGCACCUCCUAGUGGCAGGCAGCCAGGUCAGCAGGUAGCUGAACCCCAAACAAGGAGAGUCAAAGGAGAAGAGCUGGUGGGCUACCAAAGCUACAGCCCUUCAUUCUCUCGUAAAGCUGGCCACAUCCUCCAGCAGGCGCACUCCUUCAGAGAGCCCGGCUACAGUGGCCCCCACCUCAACUGGAGCCCUAGCAGGAACGAGGUACCCAGACCUCAGUCCACCCCCGCCCUGUCUGCAUCAGAGGAGGAGAGAGCUCGACUGGGUGAGGAGAGGGAGGUCAUCUCCCCCGUCUCUCUGAACCAGGAGGUGGUCCUGAGGCAGAAGCCGCCCUCUGGACGUCGAACACCUGUUCAGGCCCUCCGACAUCCCCACUACGCCUCACCUGUGGAGUCGCCGGAGCCUCCUGCUCCGACACCUUCACCAGGGACGCCUUCUCCGGUCUCUGGGGGGCCUGGACCAAACCGAAGGGCUAAUGGUAGCCUGGCACAGCAUGCAUUCAACUCCCUGUCCUCUAUCCCCUUCAUAGAUGAACCCACCAAUCCUAGCAUUGAGCUACAGGCCUGCUAUGUACCUGCCUGUGUGGUGUCCAGCUCCCAGGCCUCCACCCUCACUACCACCUCUGUCUCCCCCACCCUCACCUCCAUCUCCCCCAUUGUCCGACUGCGUUCUCAGGACAGCAGAAGUAUUAAAGGUCGUCGCUCCUCGUACCUGCUGGCCAUCACCACCGAGAGAUCCAAGUCAUGUGACGAGGGUCUGAACAACUUCAGGGAAGAAAGCCGAGUCUUCUCUAAACUACCAAAAAGGGUCAAGAGCUUUUUCACCGAUGGGUCUCUGGAGAGCCUGCGAGCCCAGGAGGAAGCUCGCUCUAAACGUCACUCCACGUCUGAGCUGGGAACCAUCACCUUCAGUGACGUCCGGAAGGAAGGCUGGCUGCACUACAAGCAGAUCCUCACAGAGAAGGGAAAGAAAGUAGGAGGCGGUAUGCGGCCAUGGAAGCGCGUCUUUUCCGUGCUGCGUUCCCAUUCGCUCUUCCUCUACAAGGACAAGCGAGAAGCUGUCCUCCACGGAGCGGGGGCGGGGCCUGGCCAGGAUGAACAUCCUCCAAUCAGCAUCCGUGGCUGCCUGAUCGACAUCGCCUACAGUGAGACCAAACGUAAGCACACCCUCAGGCUGACCACACAGGACUUCUGUGAGUACCUGCUGCAGGCCGAGGACCGGGACGACAUGCUGGUCUGGAUCAGGGUCAUCAGGGAGAACAGCAAGACUGACAAUGAGGAGAUCGGUUUCUCAAGACAAGCUCUCAUCAACAAGAAGCUGAACGACUACAGAAAACACAGUCUGACAGGAAACAAACCGGACUCCUCUCCCAGAGCUCACCGCAUGAUGCCUCCUUUCCUCCUGGCUAAGACUGACAACACCUCCGUGAACCGAGCCUCCAGAACAGAUGAAAACAAGGCACUGUGGGGUAUCAACAUCAUGAAGAAGGCCAAGAAGACAGGAAGUCCAAAGGCUUUUGGUGUGCGAUUGGAGGACUGUCAGCCUGCUGUCAACAAUAAAUUUGUCCCUCUGAUCGUGGAGUUGUGUUGUGGUGUGGUGGAGACGACAGGCUUGGAGUACACGGGUAUCUACAGAGUACCCGGGAACAACGCCAUGGUGUCCAACCUGCAGGAGCAUCUCAACAAGGGCAUGGACAUCAACACGGCUGAGGAGAGAUGGCAGGACCUGAAUGUGAUCAGCAGCCUGCUGAAAUCCUUCUUCAGAAAGCUGCCUGAGCCGCUGUUUACAGACGACAAAUACAACGAUUUCAUUGAUGCCAACCGGAUAGAAGAUGCAGAGGACCGACUGAAGACCAUGAAGAAACUGCUCCACGACCUCCCUGAUCACUAUUACCACACCCUGAAGUUCCUUGUGGGGCACCUAAAGACGGUGGCAGAUAACUGUGAAAAGAACAAGAUGGAGCCCAGAAACCUGGCCCUGGUGUUCGGUCCCACUCUGGUGAGGACGUCUGAGGACAACAUGACCGACAUGGUGACCCACAUGCCCGACCGCUACAAGAUAGUGGAGACGCUGAUCUUACAUCACGACUGGUUCUUCAGUAACAGAGAGUUUGAUCAAGAGGAGAAGGCCCCUGAGGAUAAGCGUGACAUGCAGCCUGUACCCAAUAUUGACCAUCUGCUGUCCAACAUUGGCAGGGCAGGUAUGCCAGGAGAGGCGUCAGAUUCCACCACCAGCGAUUCUCUUAAGUCAAAGCUCUCAUCAAGCUCCAAGAAAGACCUGAAUGCCCGGGACUUCCUGCCCCUGUCCUUCAUCUCUGCUGUGACCCGCAAGCGUAAGAAAGGCCUCAGUGCCCACCUGCAGGGCAGCAGCACUGACGAGGACUCUGAGCACGAGCCUGUCAAAGCCAGCAACUACGGUGCAGGAGAAGGAGGAGGAGGGGAGGAGGAAGAGGAGAAGGGAGAGGAAGACAAGGGAGAACAUACAAUUCCCAAAACAGAAAAAUGGGAUGAGAAGGAAAACAAAGCUGAAGAGACCACAAAGGGAAAAGAUCCAGAGGUGGGAGAAGAAGCAUCAGGAAAGGAUCAAGGGAACAGGAAAGGAAAAGAGGAUCCAAGUUUUGUCCCUUCAAAGCAACAGAUCAGGACCACAUACCCAAGACCCCCAACAGUGACGACUCAACCUUCCCAUUCCAGGCCUCUCUAUCCAGCCAGAGGGCGGCCCCCGGUCCCUUUCUGGGUCAGCCCCACCAGGCUACCCAACCUCUACCAGGCCUCUGGCAACCAGCACCCAGACUGGAACCAGUCAGUGCCUGUCCGCUACAGGAAGACCAGAGGUGGGAGGACGAGAGCUGUGUCCAUGAAUCUGGAUGUUGAGUUUGGUAGGAGUGAAGACAGAGUCAGAGGAUGGAGAGCAGAGAGGGUGGAGGUGAUCAGAGUCAUUGAUGGAACACCAGGUCAGCGCAGGCCUGUUGGGGUUCCUCAGGGAUCAGUUUUAGGUCCUCGGCCGAUUUCACAAAUCGAUCCUCUCCCUCGUCUACCCAAGGACCUCCCCCCUUUCUCCUCCUCUGCCUCGGGAGUGAUAGAUCAGAGCCCUGCAGGACCCUCCACUGUGGUCAUGAGGAGGUCGGCCCUGGACCCACGGGACACGACCAGAAGGUGGCGCCGUCACACAGUGGUGGUUUAACCUGGCUGUCUCCCCUUUACUAACGCAGAACAACGUAUUUCCCUUUACUCACCAACACUGGAUCACCUCUGUCUUGCUUGCAGCACCGAGUUUCCAUGACCUUGCUCCAGAGAUCUCAGUAGUCUGAAGACUCUCUCCUCCUUCCUUGUCAUUGGCACUAAAGUUGGAAACAUGACCUCAUGGUAAAAGAAUCUCACAUUCUGUGCAGGUGAAGAGUUUCAUUCCAAAACUAAAACCAUUUCAAAACAUCUGAAUACAUUUAUCUCUUCUGCUUUUCUUACAAAGAAAAACUGUAAAUGUAAUUCCCCAUGUUUUCAUUUAUAA